AUGCCUCCGCAACCCCAAAAACUUGAUGAUAUUAAUAUUCCUAAUUCACUUUGUUCGACAUUAAGUGGGGAAAAUUUUUUAGUAAAAGAUUCCAUAAUUGAAGAAGAGCAAAUUCUCUUGUUUACCACAAAGGCUAAUAUACAACACUUAUCUAAUUCUUUAUACUGGAUGAUAGAUGGUAUCUUUAAGACUGUUCUAACUAUUUUUCGUCAAUUGUACACUUUCUAUGCACCUGUUGGUACAGGGGAUAAUUCAAGAGUUCUUUCUUUAGUAUAUGUAUUAAUGACAAAAAAAUUAGAAUUUUUAUAUAGAGCACUAUUUCAAGAUUUGAUUGAAUUUGCAGAAGAAAAUAAUAUUUUAUUAAGCCCUACAGCAAUUCUUACAGACUUUGAACUUGCCAAAAUAAACGCAUCACGUAUUGAAUUUCUUAAUGUUAACAAUAAGUCAUUCUUACUGUCAAAUGAAAUUCCUGCAGCAUUUGAUGUUUUAAAGGAGGAAAUGUCUACGAAAACCAAGGAGGUAGUAAAAUGGUUUGAGGAAAAUUACGUUCACAAAAAACAAAUACGACAAAUGCUUGGUCGACCACAUGUGGGUGUUUAUACUAUUAUUGAGGAAUUUCAAAAGGAACAACAAAAAGUUGAGCAUCAAGUAGAAGCUAUUAUAUAUGAUGCACAAC